AUGGAAAUCCAGAGGAACAUCUCAGAAUUCAUUCUUCUAGGACUUUCUGAUGACAAGAACAUACAAAUAUUUUGCUUUGUGCUCUUCUUAUUCUGUUAUAUUGCCCUGUUGGUAGGAAAUCUUGUGAUCCUUGUCUCCAUUCGAUGCAGUCCUCUUUUUUACCAACCAAUGUACUAUUUCCUCAUCCACUUGUCAUCCAUGGACAUCUGCUAUACCUCCACUGUUACACCCAAGUUAAUUGGGGAUCUGCUGGUGGAAAGAAAGACCAUUCCCUAUAGUAGCUGCAUGUUGCAGGUCUUUACCAUGCACUUUUUUGGAGGGGUUGAAGUUUUCAUUAUUAUUGCUAUGGCUUAUGAUCGCUAUGUUGCCAUCUGCAAACCGCUCCACUACAUGCUUAUCAUGAACAGGUCAAGAUGCAAUCUCCUGGUGUUAGCUGCUUGGAUGGGUGGAGCUAUCCAUUCAUUUCCUCAGUUUUCUAUGGUUAUUCAGUUGCCUUUCUGUGGUCCUAAUGAAAUUGAUCAUUAUUUUUGUGAUAUUCUCCCAAUCCUUAAAGUUGCCUGUACUGAUACCUACAUUACUGGUGUUCUUGUGAUUGCCAAUUCAGGCUUGAUUGCCCUAGUUACCUUUAUUGUCUUAUUUUUUUCUUAUGUUGUUAUAUUAUUCACCUUAAGAAAUCAGUCAGCUGUGGGAAGACGCAAAGCCCUCUCUACCUGUGGGUCUCAUAUCACUGUGGUCAUCUUGUUUUUUGGUCCUUCCAUUUUUAUCUACCUCAGACCUCCGACUACUUACUCUGUGGAUAAAGUAUUUGCACUAUUUUACACAAUCAUUGCUCCCAUGUUCAAUCCCUUAAUCUAUACAUUGAGAAAUACAGAGAUGAAGAAUGCCAUGACAAAAGUUUGGUGUCAAACACUACUUUCCAAGGAAGUACACAAUUAA